CACACGGUCCGGUUUGAGGAGUCAGUUGUCGUUUGACUCCUGCUGUGGCUUCAUGCAAGGCCCACCUGGUAGUGAGGGAGUGCGUUUGUUCCGACCGAGCCGUUAGCGUAGCUGCGAUGCAGUGCUGAAAGCUAGCGGGAUCUAGCAUGUUGCUGCAACCGAUGCUGAGCCGCACCGAAGGACAGAUCACGGUAACGAGCGCAUAGCCGGCUGUGAAACGCGAUUGUGACACCGCGAUCAAAGCCUGAUCGAGAACGCUCAACGGUGCCACCCAAGCAGUGCUGAAUUGGUCGAUCGCUAGUGAACGGUGCGUGAGUGUGGAACCGAAAAUGAGGAACGCUAUCAGUCAACCCAGCAAGCCUUCGCUCUCGCUCGUGCUAAUGAUAUGAGCGUGAUCUUGCUGUCAAGUCCUUUCUAAAAACCAACAGAAAAAGGUGAUUUUUUAGUGAAUACCGCACAAAGUGCUCGCUACCAAGACAUAUCCGAAACUCGAACGAUAACAGCAAUCAAACAUACCAAGAAAGAGGUGAUGUGGUGGUGAUCUUUCUACGCCGUUUGUCCUAGCAUCACAGCAGCGAUGCAUUGUUCCCCCUUGCCGCAAAGUGCUUACUACCUAAGCACGGUCCAGCGUAAAGUGUGACUGCCCGCGACACGCACCGAUCAAACAGCACCCGCAUCCGCUCCAGCUCAACGAUCAACACAAUACCGAAGCCCACCGACCGGGUGCCCCCGGCUGGAGAACCUGCUCCUGGGCGCUCACGCAUGUGCCGACCCGAGCCGGCCCGUUUUGGUGCAGUUGCAAUAGAAGCGAAUGCCACUCGGACGCACGGUGUGUGCCAGUGUGCCAGUGUUGUAGUGUAGUGCUGCUCCUUGCUCGGCACGAGAACAUUCGCACGUACCGUGUGGCGGCCGCACGUGGUCGCCCUAGCACUGGGGCCAUCGAGGGGAAGCUUCUGGCGGCAUCGCAUCGCAUCCCGGCCAAACGAGUCCAGCAUUAUGGGACUGCUGAUUAACGUGAAAGCGCUCACCUUGCUGCUGCUGCUCCAGAUACCGGCAAUAUCUGCGGUCAGUUGGGAGGAAUGGUGGACGUACGAUGGCAUUUCGGGUCCUGCCUUUUGGGGAUUAAUCAACCCAGAAUGGUCCCUCUGCAACAAAGGACGCCGACAGUCACCCGUCAACUUGGAGCCGCAGCGGCUACUGUUCGAUCCAAAUCUUCGCAUUCUGCACAUAGACAAACAUCGGAUCAGCGGAACGAUCACCAACACAGGCCACAGCGUGAUCUUUACCGCGGACAACGAGACGUCCUCUGCGUACGGUACGCCCCAGAUACCGGUCAACCUGACCGGCGGUCCACUCUCCUACCGGUAUCGAUUUCACGAGAUACACGUACACUACGGACUGCACGAUCAGUUCGGCUCGGAGCACAGCGUCGAAGGCUACACGUUCCCGGCGGAGAUACAAAUCUUUGGCUACAACUCGCAGCUGUACGCCAACUUUAGCGACGCGCUGUACCGUGCGCAGGGCAUCGUGGGCGUCGCCAUCCUGCUGCAGCUGGGCGAUCUGUCCAACCCGGAGCUGCGCAUGCUGACCGAUCAGCUCGAGCGGAUCCGGUACGGCGGGGACGAGGCGCCGGUGCGCCGGAUUUCCGUGCGCGACCUCCUGCCCGACACCGAGCACUACAUGACGUACGAGGGUUCGACGACGGCACCGGCCUGCUACGAAACCGUCACCUGGAUCGUGAUGAACAAACCGAUCUACAUCACGAAGCAGCAGCUUCACGCACUGCGAAGGUUAAUGCAGGGUGGUCCCGACCAUCCGAAGGCACCGCUGGGCAACAACUUCCGGCCGCCCCAGCCACUGCUGCAUCGUCCCGUGCGGACGAACAUUGACUUUCGAAAUAAACUGGAAAAAGGGGGAAAAAUAUGUGCAACUAUGUACAAGGACGUUCACUAUAAAGCUAAUAGCUGGAAACACAACUGAACGGGGGCGGCGCAACGAGGACGAAACGGACGAGCACGAUGAUACUAGCUUGAUCGUGUUCGAACCCUGAAACCUCCUGCCCGGGUUCGGCGUGGAUUGCUGCGGGGUUGCGUGUCCAGGUGUGCUGCGAGUGGAUGCUGACGGUCCGCUGCCCGAACUGGUCGUCUGGACGGUGGACGAUCUGCCACGGCGAAGGUUCAACAUAUGAAGGCGUAUACGGAGCGGGCAAGACGAAACAGUGAGCCAUGCGUCAAACAACCACACACACACACGCAAACAUAAACAAAAACAGAAACAGAAAAUAUCGUUAGAUAUCAGUAAUUAAGAGGCUUCUAGAUUGGUGGACUAUGUGCGAAGAAACAAUUGCAUGGAAUACGCAUAUCGACGGGGACAGUGAGUGUGUAAGAAAGAGAUGUAGAGAGAAAGAGAUAGCGACCGAGAGAAAGACAUGAAGUGCGUGAAGACGGGGAUGUACUAAAGGUGUAACUGUAUACUGUAACCAUAUCUAGCAUUUGUUUAGUAUUUUGAUGAAAUAGUUUUAUGCAUACGGAUAAUCCGUUUGCUUUGCGACAGGGCCGAUGGGACGCGACAGGGACCGGGCAAUAGUGGCUGAGUGUCUUGCCUUUAACAAGCCACGGGCAACUACUAGCGAAAACGACGGGGCGCGCGGAGAUUGACUGAAUUUCCCAUCCCAAAACCCGCUCCAACACACAAUCUAACGGUCGUCUGAUAAUGGGGGUUCCACUUCUUUCUGAUAGCUAAUUCCGACACGGUUCUACAACACAGAGGGCAACCAGUAGGUGCAGUAUGCAAGGGGUCUGGAGAUUCCCUGCAGGUUGGAGUCACCACAGUCCGUAAUUACGCGACCUCAUCCUUGCGUGAGUUCAUUACAAGGGUCAUCUCUACAUGUGGUAAUGGUUCCUGUGUGUCUGUGGUGCGUGUGGGAACAAGGAAGGUGGUAGCAUUGCAUUGUAACACGUCGACAACCGCACGGAGCUACCAUCAUUACCGCCAGUGCCAAAAGACUGCUCUCUGUCUCUCCAUUUUCCUGAAGCCACUUUAUUUGUUGCAGGUGAUGCACCUCGCCAACAGUAACCGUGUACACACGCUUUUUGAGGUUCGCUUUUUUGCACAAAACUAGCCCGCAAUUACCAGAAGUUUGUCACACACCGGGUACGAUUCGACGUAUGUGCGACGCUCUGUAUGCAGAUCAACCGUUCCGAAAACUUGUUUCAACAUUUGAUAGAGCCCUCGAAAGCACUCCCAAACACACACACAGACGGUUUCGGGAAAUGUAAGAUACACUGGCACUGAUAAGAAACGGUACUGGUGUUGGAUGCUGGAAGCACACUCUCAGGUCCAAUGCUCCCCAAAACGUUACUAAAGAUGCCCAAACCCCUCCAUUUCCCAUUUUCUCCUGGACUGGACGCAUUGAGGCUAGAGUUUGGCUGGACGUAGGUCAUCCACGUGACAGGCAGUUGGUGCCAGGAGUGGUGCCGGGAUAGCGUAACCAACGUGAGCACAAAACUACAUUUACCGUCGGUGGGGGAAAAAAAGCAGCCGGAGCAAGAAACAUAUACUACAAAAAAAAACAACUCCAACUUCCCAACGCCGAGUGAACAGUGUGGACGCCCCGGAGAACUGAAACUCUAUUAAAAGUUUCGAAUAAUUUGUAAAUAAUAUUAAUACAAGCUGCACGCGGCGGAACGAAAACACACCCACACACCCUCACGACCACACCGCCAUUGCGGAGAGACUUCCGCGCCGGCGGAGGCAACUGAUAGCCUCGGUACCCGGUGGUAAUGGUGUGCUUUCUUCGUUUUCGCUGCCUUUUUUUCCGCCCAAGCGUCCUUCGGUUUUGCUGCGACCACUUCCUUUUUGCCCGCUGUCGUGGUAUAAGGUGUGUGUGUGUUUGUCUGUGUGUGCCUCGCAACAGGCGACACAGCAAGGUCUCGGGGUUGUUUCGCUACCGGCACCACUAAAUUUAAAGCUGCCAAGAGUUGACUAUAAACAUUAAAUAUAAAUUAAAAUCGGAAAAGGAAUUGCUGGCACUAUCGGACUGGUAGAGCGAGUGCGGCAAGUCAUGUGAAACGGUUUGGCCACGGUAUACAGAGGUAAACGGGGCGGUGGGUAGCGAGACGAGACGAGGGAAAGAGAAAAAAAAGAUGGCUUAAUAAAUUCUAUAAAAAAGGAGAAGAAGAAGAAGAAACUAGCAACAAAUAGAUGGAACGCCCCUUCCCGGUCAUAGGACGGUGCAACACUGCUGUCUAGGAUGGUGAUGGUGGUGAUCCAACUUCAGGAAGCGGAAUUGUGUGGAAAACAUGAGGCAAGGUCUGUAUGUGUGUAUGUGUGUGUUUUCUUAUACUUCGAUGUUUUUACUCACUCACCAUCGUAAGCAAAACUCUGGCAGCAACACCUUCCGAAUAUGGAGCGGGAGGUAGCUAACGUGCGCGCGAGGUGCAUUUUUAAAGUAUUUUUUACAUUUUUUUUACAUGCUCCAAGCGUGAGCAAGGGCCUGGAAGAUGUGCCGAAACACGCGGUCGCAGGACGCUGAAACUUGUUACGCCCGAAGUUCAUCUAUCGCUCGGUCGGAAGAGUUGCUGUGCCCUCCCCGUGGGCCGUUGCGCUCUGCUCGUCGGGUUAGGGCAACGAUUGAGAAACAGCGUAAAAAAAUAUAUAUGUACACAUAGAAAUGCCGAGUGGAAUAAACCUCAAAUCACUGGCAAUGGGAUGCGCGAUUAUGAUGAUGCUUUAAAACGAGACUACAAAACUCCCUGCCCUGCGCACUUGCAUGCGUUUUUUUUUUGCGCUCUCGGGUUAUAUUUUUGAUUAAUUGUGCUACCGACUGUCGUAGUGAGAGAUGAAUGCCCACUGUCAAAAUGUCUGUCAGCGAGGCGUCUGACAGCAUGUGUAUUAUUCGUUACUUCGUUUUACUUUCUUUAGCUUUCAUGAAAUAUGUACUACAUUUUUGUGGGUGUUAAUUGAUUCUACUCUGCACUGGCAGCCAACUUUCCCCGUUUUAGCCAAUCAAAAUCGGGCACAAUCUUUUCAUUCUCACACACACUGACACACACACACACGUCCAUACAAGAAAUCGGUUUAAAGGGAAGCCAUACCAUCGAAGAAUGAAAUGCCGGGUGGGUAAACCAACAUCCAUUCUUCCCUCAGCACCCAUAAAUCAUGACCCCGUGACACGUUUGCUAUUUUAGUACUCCUCCAACCUCCACCCCCGCCCUCGCCCAGCAGUACCAGCCGGGGCCCGGGACGGCACCGCUUUCUGCAGCAAGCAAUGGCCCCAUCGCUUCAAAGGGCCGAAGCAAACGAAAGGGAUAAGGAAUGGCUGGCUUCUGCAAACAGAGUUAAUGAAUUUCAAUCAUCUGACUCACCCAUCGGUGGGAUAGGGGGAGAUUCGUUCAUUCCCGAAUUGUUUCACCCAUUCUUUGGGACACCGUUCGCUAUGCUCUUGCUAUCACAUUUGCUUUAUUUGAGAAGAGAAGCUUUUUUUUUCUUCUUUGGCUUUGUCUGCGCGAGUGUGCUCAUUUCUAUCGCCGUGCUGCCGGGCUCGAUGCACUCAACGAUGGUGGGAAGCCGAACAAUUCAGGUUAUCAGUCAGGUGCAUCAAUCAAACGCUCCGCAGCUUUUGCGGGUGGCCUGGGGGAGACGGCAACGUUGCUAACAGCAUGCCAGAGUAUUCUGGAGUACAAUACAGCUCGCGAAUUCAACCGGCUUUUGUCCGCGAAUGGACAGCGCCAUGCUGAAAUUAUUAUCAAUAAAGCUAUGGAAACCCCAUUAUCAGAUAGUUGUAGCCAGGUCGAUGGCGCUACCUAAGCGGUGAGGAUCCAGGAAGGACUUAAUCUAUCAGUGCCUGGAUGAACAAAACCCUUGCUGAACCGCACUAGCACGAAGAUAUUUUUGUCCCUUUUUAGACUAAAGACAUUUAAAUAUUUUAAGCCAUCUAGUUUGAUGAAAAAGUAGCAAAAAUAAUUCUGCGAAAAUUCAAAUAUCUGAGCAUUCAUAGACUGAUGGCGACCUUUUGCUGCUACGGUUGCAUACUAUUAGGCGUUUUGGAAUCUAAUGACUGGUUGCGCUGACAAGCUCAUCAAGCGCGCCCUAAAGUAUGCAAUCGUACAGCAGGCGUUACAGCGUCCUUCAUCCAACCCGUUUACGUAGCGUUGCUCGACGGGAACCGUUUCUACAGUGUAUCAAACACACAGCCGAAUUACAACAACAAAAAACAACAAAAGAAAUAAAUCAAAUGCGCUUGGUCACUGGGCGAAGGUGACUUUCGUCAAUUGCUUGCCCUCGUCAAUCAUCUGCUUGCUGUACAAUAUGGAGUACACCUGAAGGUACCAUGGGAUGGAACACAUACAAACACGCACACUCACAGCCCCAGCAUACCCGAUGCAUGAGUGCAAAUCUUAUGACAGUAGAGGUGGAGAGCGAGCGUCCUGUAAUGAGCGUGAUGUAAUAUAUUGAAGCGUGGCGUGGCUGUGCUGGUCUUGCUUUUGGAAGAUGGUUGAUGGUAAAUAUGGAGGUAAAGCAAACGAUGCCAUUAACACGGAAGGAACACCGUGUGUGUGUGUGUGUGCUUGGGUGUGUAAAUGUAAAUAUAGAAUAUCGUCAUAUCUCUGUGCGCAGCGUGAGCGAGCGGUGACCAAAACCAAAUCUGUAAGAGACUCUAGACUAGCAGUACAAUAAAACUGGAACGCUCCGAUGGUAGACCGGGCAGGGCAUGCGAUAGUAGUAGUAGUACGCCGUAAUAAUGAAACGCAGCAUGGAAGAGAA